AUGGCUAUUCACAAGUUGAUCAUUCUCCGUCAUGGGGAAUCGCAAUGGAAUCACGAAAAUAAGUUUUGUGGAUGGAUAGACAUCCCGCUUACAGACAAGGGUAAAGACGAAGCGAAGUAUGCCGGCGAAUUACUCAAGCAGAAUAAUUUAUCGCCGGAUAUACUAUAUACAUCAAAAUUGAUUCGAUCGAUUGAGACAGGGUUUAUUAUUUUAAAAGUCUUGGGAAAACCUUGGGUUGACCAUAUCAAGUCAUGGAGGUUAAAUGAGCGUCACUAUGGCCAGUAUCAAGGUCGUGAUAAGCACCAAGUUUUUCAGGAAUUGGGAUCGGAUAAGGAGAAGUUUCAAUUUAUUAGAAGAGAUUAUCAUGGCACGCCACCAUUGAUCCCUUUGGACGAAAAUGACCCGAGCAUUGAUGAGAAGUACAAUGACUUGUUGAAUCAAAAUAUAUUACCACGAGGUGAAAGCUUGAGUAUGGUGAUGGAUCGGCUUAUUCCGUUCUUCAAAUACGAGAUAAUGGAUCAUCAGAUGGUGCAAUUGAACAAAACGGUAUUAAUUGUGACACAUGGCAGUGUUGUAAGAAGCUUAAUAAAGUAUUUGAACAAGGUUAGUGAUGAAGAUAUUAGCAAGAUCAAUGUUCCCACAGGUGUACCGCUAGUGUUUGAGUUGGAUGAUAGAGGUGAGCUUGUAAAGCCAUAUUAUUAUUUGGAUAAAGAAAAAGCCGAAAAGGGGAUGGAAAAAGUAAAGAAUGAAGGAUUGCUGCUGAAAUAA